AUGGUGAUUUCGCCCGAGGCUUCCGCAGCCAUCACCCUACUUCUGGCCAGUGCAGCCUGCGGCCUGUGUUACUCGAAACUGGCCCAGGAGCCUAUUCGACGCAAGCAACUCGAUGUGCAAUACGUUAAGGCCUGUGUCCAAGACAUUCAGUUUAAGGAAAAGACCUUAUUCUGUCAGCCUGCGUUUGAUUCGCUUAAAGACGAGCAAUUCAAGAUCUUUUACGACGAGGUGGUGAUCACUCUUGGCUGCUCGACCAAUACCUUCAAUACCCCCGGCGUCGAUGAGCACGUCUUCAUGCAGAGGCAGCUCCUGCACAUUGCCAUUGUCGUUGGCGGACCAACAGGAAUUGAAAUCGCCGCCGAGUUGACCGACCUAUUUGUGGGCGAUCUAAUGAAGCUUUACCAACAUCUGCGGGGGAAGGCCUCUGUGAAGGUUCACGAUGUUGCGCCGAACAUUCUAACUCCAUUUGAUCAAAAGCUCUCCAAAUACGCCCAGGAGUCUCUACAGAAGCACAAGGCCGAGAUCAAGGUCAGCUCGCAUAUCACAAACGUCACAACUGAUACUAUUGAAACCAGAAAAUACGGCAAGAUUGCCUAUGGCAUUCUAAUCUGGGCCGCAGGGAACACACAGAGACCCUUCCAGACUAGCUCAAUACUAUAA